AUGGACUGUGAUUUCUUUGAACAAUCCUAUUAUUAUUCCCAGCCUGAUCCUCAAGGGGAGAGAGCUAGUAAUGACCUAAGUUGGCUUAUAUGUCUAGUUGUGUUUAUUAGCGGGUAUCCGGCAUUUCGGGUACCCGAAAACUUGGAUACUCGGUUAGUCGGGUAUCUUUUUAACGGCCUGUGUCCCGGUCCAAUUAAUAAAGGUACUCGUAUUUCGGUCCAACUUAGUGAUAAAGAAGAAGUUAGAUUGACCUUUGGCAGGACUUCAAAAAGAAAUGCACAUGAUUUUGAGACGUCAAAAGUGCAGUGUAAAGCCUCAAUCUAUCCUCCCCAAGGGAAGAGCUUCUCGACAACGAAUUCAAAAAUCAAAAUAAUGAAGCGAAAACAAGAGAAUAUUGCUUCUAUUUUUGCAAAACAUUUGAGAAAAGAAAGUGGAGAUAAGUCUAAUCCAACUCAACAAAGUCAAGCACAAUCAAAUAAUCCUACUCCUACUCUAUCAUCUAUUUCUUCUUCUCAAGAUGAAGAGAAAGAAAACCCCGGAAAAAGGAGAAGAAUGCCUCAAUUUCACCCAAGUGACCGAGAUAUUGUUAGAAGAGAAUAUUGUUCAAGAGAUCUUUGUCAACCUUAUAAACAUGAAUUUAAAUUGACAAAGUUUGGGAUACAAAAAACUGAUGAUAAUGUUGGACAAGAUUCCUUUGUGAUGGAUGGAUUUCAUAAUUGGAAAAGGUCAGAGUCUUUUGAUGCACAUCAAGAUAAAGAUAUUAUCAUAGAACUUUUAAAAUUUCAUGCGAAAGGUAGAUCUGAUGUUGAAGAUGUUGUGUUGGAUAAUGCCCCUAAAAAUUGUCAAAUGAUAGCUCCUUUGAUUCUAAAAGAUAUUAUCAUUGCUUGUGCAAAAGAGACCACUAAAGCAAUUAUCGCAGAAAUUGGUGACGAGUGUUUUGCUAUUCUUGCUGAUGAGUCUACAGAUAUAUCUGAUAAAGAGGAGUUGUCGGUUUGUUUGCGUUAUGUUAGCAAGAGUGGUGGAGUGGUGGAGCGCUUUCUUGGAAUUCAAUAUGUGAGGCUCAAUUGGUGGCCUCAAAACUUUAAUCUUGAUGAAUGUUCAUCUGCGCAUUAUGUUCAUUGUUUUGCUCAUCAACUUCAAUUGACAUUGGUAGCAACUUCCAAAAAGAGUGAUGAGUGUCGAUGGUUAUUUGAUGAAGUUCUCCCACAUCUAUUGAAUUUUGUUGGUGAACUUGAGUCAGGAAGUGGUUUGAAUAAAGAGCUUGGUUUAAUCCGACUAGGUGAUACUCGUUGGAGCACUUACUUUAAAUGCAUUAAAAAUGUGCUUGGUUUGUUUCGACCAAUCUUGGAGUCCUUUGAAGCCAUUGCAGAUCCUCAUAAAGCUGAUUGGACAAAGGCAUAUUCAAUCAUAAGUAUGUUGAUGUCAUUUGAUUUCAUUUUUAUAGCACAUUUGAUGGGGUCUAUAUUUGGAUUGACGAAUUCAUUGAAUAUGAGCUUGCAAAAAAAGUAUCAAGAUAUAGAUCAUGCAAUGAGUUUGACUUGUAAUUCUAGUCACAUUGGAGGUGGAAGGAGGAUGGUUCUUGGUAAAGCUCCUCAGGUGACAAAUCUUCAUCAUUAUCGAGUUGAAAUUUUUCUAAGUGUGAUUGAUCUACAAUUACAAGAACUUGACAAUCGAUUCAGUGAGAAAACCAAAGAUAUGCUUAUUUGUAUGGCUUGUUUUAGUCCUAGUGAUGGAUUCUCAUCUUUUAAUACAAAACAAUUGUUGAACCUUGCUAAAUUUUGUCCAAAUGAGUUUCCAAAUGAAGAUUUGAUAUUUUUUGAGGCAUCGCUUAAAAGUUUCAUUGGUGAUGUGAGAAAUGACGAGUGA